GGAGAGCGAGGGAAGGACCAACCACUCCGCCCCCUCAAAACAGAGACGCUUCCUCCUUCGCAACCACUCUAGAACAAGUCGUGGGCUGAUUGGCUGCAACCGCCCGCUUCCACCAAUCUCAGCUCGGCUUACUGUCUUCGUCCUCCCCUUAGCAACCAGCAGCCGUUAAUGAGAAGCCCCGCCCCUUGCUCCGGGGCUUCGACGAGGGUGGGGCUUUCGUUCCGAUUGGUCGGCGGGUGGUGUCUGUCGCGGUUGGCGCGCCGAACGAAGGAACUGGGUUGCAGCAGGAAGAGAUUGUCAAGCAUCCAGCCAGGCUAUUCGUCGUAUUAGUGUUGUUUUUGUUGUCCUCCUCAUUUAUUGUUGUUUGCUUUGUUUAUUUUGCAUCUAAAAUAUUGCUGUGUGAUCAUCUGCAAACGGAAGCUAGGAGCAGAACUAAAGUACCUGUUCUAGGAGGUUGUUACUACGCUUUCAGGUGAAUAUGUGUGUGGUCAGGGUUAACAAACGGGAGGAAGCACAGCCAUGGCAAAUAAGACCACUCCUGUCCGAGCGGGAGCUGUAAAUGUUCCUUACGGGCAUGUGAUCGGCAAUGAGAAAUGGAAAGGCUCGCAGAUCGCUCAAGGGAUACAAGGGAAAGUUAAGCUAAUUCUAGAAGAUGGCCUAGGAGUUGUAGAUUUUCAUCUUUCAAAUAGAUCCUGUGUUCUUUAUAUUUCCGAAGCCGAUCUGGUAGCAGGAAAUGAUUUCAAAAGGCGGCUUGUUCGCUUUAGAAAUGCCAGCAGCCUUCAGGGAAUUGUUGUUGUCGAAAAAACCCAGAUAAGUGAUCAGUAUUUCCCAGCAGUGCAGAAAUUUGUUGUCUUGGAACUUGGCAUGACGUUACUUCCAGUGGCCAAUCAGGGAGAAGCAGCGCCACUUAUUAUUCAACUAGUCCAUGAGCAAAUGAAAGAUCGAGCCAGCAACCCGUUCCUGAAUAAGAAAAGUCCCCAGCUCUUGGAGCCUUUUGUGCUCCAGACAGUUCAACAAAUUCCAGGAGUUGGGAAAAUAAAAGCUUUGCUUCUGCUGGAACGAUUUGGAAACCUCCAUCAGCUCUGUAACGCUUCCAUCCAGGAGCUCGAGCAGGUGGUUGGUCGCACACUAGCGCAACAGAUCCAUACAUUCUUCACACAGGCAAAAUAACCUCUGCCUACUGGUGUUAAAAAUGAAGGUCUUGAAGGUGUAGCUCUCUUUUCUGUAUCUCGGCGAGUUGCCUUCUGAAUCCACAACUGGAAUCCUUUUUGCCGAAUGCAUUCUCGGAGGGUCUUUCAUCACGCCUGAUGAUGAAGGAGGCCAUGAAGUGACUCUUUCCAGGGAUGCAUCAGUUUCUCUUCUGUGUAGAGCGGGCCUGAGGUUUACAUUACGAGGAUAAAUGGACUUGUGAUGAGGGGGCAAGGAGGCUGCUUCACAACUGCUUCAGGGGGAGCACUCCAGUAUACGUUGCUGCACCUCUCAGGAGAGAAGGAGCGACAGGCAUUUUGUCCUUUUGAAAACAAAGCAAAGAGGUCCUGCAGCAACCUUCUGACUUACAGCUCCUGUUCAGGAUGCACUGAUGAAAGGUGACUGUGCAUUGAUUCUCCUGAAGGCUGAACAUUUGCAUCAACAGCCAUCUGGCCCUGAUCUCUGUAUUACCAGUGCCUGUCUGUUCUUCCAGUAGAAAUGAAGGCAACUGAACAGUGUUUGGAGCAGAGGUACACCUGUAAGAAUCAUGUGUGUUUGGAACCAAGCAUAGAACAUACUCCUUAGCUCCAAAAUAAAUACUAACUGCUCCAAAAA